UGUUUCUAGUGCUUACAAUUUCAUCAAUUCGACAAACAGUCUUGAGUCUCAAUUGAACGAAAUUCCAAAAUGAGUCCAAAUUCACGGUGCCUAGCGCUGCUAUUCGUUGCGUUAUCCUUUCUAGCUCAGGGCCUUAUCGACAGUUACAGAAAGGAGUCCGUUCUAGCCACUCGCUGUCAAGAAAUUCAAAAGAUCCAAGACGAUUUUGUACAUCUGGCAGAUAAUUGCUCCAUAGAAAAACUGAUGGCGAACGACUCCCUGGAGUAUCUGCAGAUCAGUUGUCAUGUGGAUGAUCUGCCAGAGGGCUAUGAGAGGAGACUGAAACCCGUCGACUAUGGCCGGAGUUUCUUCCUCAACCAGCGGAUGCCGAAGCCUUUGAAGCGCCAGUGGAAUUUCCGAGUGCCCACAGACGCCGUGAAUGGACUCAGUCUGCUGACUUGAUUGAUUCGACUCCACUAGACUGAUAAAGAAAAUGUCAGAAAUGA